UUUGUCCAGCUGCCUGCAAGUCCCAGGGCUGCACCUCGGACGGGCAGUGCUGCCACAGCGAGUGCCUCGGGGACUGCACGGAGCCCAACGACCCCGAGAAGUGCGUGGCCUGUCGCAACUUCUACCUGGAAGGGAGGUGCGUGGACAACUGCCCCCCUGGGUACUACCGCUUCGAGGGCUGGCGCUGCGUGACCUUCAGCUUCUGCCAGGAGCUGCACAACAAGUGCAAGAACGCCCGGGAGUCGGGGUGUCACGUCAUCCACAACAACGAGUGCGUCCACGAGUGCCCCUCGGGGUACAUCAUGAACUCCAGCAACCUGCACUGCACGCCCUGUGCGGGGCCCUGUCCCAAGGUGUGUGACUUUGGGAAGGAGAAGACGAUCGACUCGGUGACGUCGGCGCAGGAGCUGCGGGGCUGCACGGUGGUCAAUGGCAGCCUGGUCAUAAAUAUCCGGGGAGGAAAUAACAUAGCAGCUGAGCUGGAAGCAAAUCUUGGCUUGAUAGAAGAAAUCUCAGGUUACCUCAAAAUUCGCCGCUCUUAUGCCUUGGUUUCUCUUUCUUUCUUUCGGAAGCUCCAUCUGAUUAGAGGAGAAACACUUGAAGCUGGCAAUUACUCAUUUUAUGCCUUGGACAACCAGAAUCUCCGCCAGCUCUGGGACUGGAGCAAACACAAUCUCAGCAUUGCACGAGGCAAACUCUUCUUCCACUACAACCCCAAGCUGUGCUUGUCAGAAAUCCACAAGAUGGAAGAGAUCUCCGGGACUAAGGGGCGUCAGGAGAGGAACGACAUAGCCCUGAAGACCAACGGGGAUCAGGCCUCGUGUGAAAACGAGUUGCUGAAAUUUUCUUACAUCAGGACUUCUCACGACAAGAUCCUGCUGAAGUGGGAGCCCUACUGGCCUCCUGAUUUCCGAGAUCUGCUGGGAUUUAUGCUGUUCUACAAGGAAGCUCCGUACCAAAACGUGACGGAGUUCGACGGCCAGGACGCCUGUGGGUCAAACAGCUGGACAGUUGUGGAUGUUGACCCACCCCCACGGUCCAACGAGCCCAAAGCCCAGGCCCAGCCAGGCUGGCUCCUGAGGGGCCUGAAGCCCUGGACACAAUAUGCCGUGUUUGUGAAAACCCUGGUCACCUUCUCCGACGAGCGACGCACGUACGGGGCAAAGAGCGAGAUCAUCUACAUCCAGACCAACGCCACGGUCCCGUCGGUGCCGUUGGAUCCGAUAUCCGUUUCCAACUCUUCAUCCCAAAUCAUCCUGAAGUGGAAGCCGCCCUCGGAGCCCAACGGGAACAUCACACACUACCUGGUGUACUGGCAGCAGCAGGCAGAGGACAGUGAGCUUUAUGAACUUGAUUACUGCUUGAAAGGAUUAAAACUUCCCUCAAGGACGUGGUCUCCUCCUUUUGAAUCUGAAGACCCUCAGAAGUACAACCAGAGUGAAAACGAGGAUGUCAGUGGGGAAUGUUGUUCCUGCCCCAAGACAGACUCCCAGAUCCAGAAGGAGCUGGAGGAAUCUGCUUUCCGCAAGACAUUUGAGAACUACCUUCACAACGAGGUUUUUGUGCCCAGGCCGUCGAGAAAACGCAGAGACCUGGCCUCUGUGGCCAACGCCACCGUGGUAAUCCCCACCAUCCCAGCCUCUCCCAACAACUCUGCAGCAGCAGCUGAGGGGGCAGAGGAGCAGAAACCUUUUGAGAAGGUCCUGUCCAAGGAGUCCCUGGUGAUCUCGGGGCUGCGCCACUUCACCGGCUACCGCAUCGAGCUCCACGCCUGCAACCACGACGCUCAGGAGUCCCGCUGCAGCGUGGCAGCCUAUGUCAGUGCCAGGACCAUGCCAGAAGCUAAGGCUGAUGACAUCGUUGGCCCAGUUUCCCAUGAAGUGGUUGAAAAGAACACGGUGCAUUUGAGGUGGCAGGAGCCGAAGGAGCCCAACGGCCUGAUCGUGCUGUACGAGGUGAACUACGGACGGCUCGGGGAGACAGAGGAAGCCCAUUUCUGUGUGUCCCGAAAGCACUUUGCCACCGAGCACGGCUGCAAACUCCGGGGACUUCAGCCUGGGAACUACAGUGUCCGGAUCCGGGCGACCUCCCUGGCUGGGAACGGCUCGUGGACAGAGCCCACCUAUUUUUACGUGGCUGAUUACUUGAAUGCUCAGCCCAACAUUGCUGUUAUAAUCGUUCCCAUUAUUUUUGCCAUAAUAAUUGCUGGAAUUGUUGGAGCUGCUUACGUGCUUGUGAAAAAGAGACAAACUGAAGGACCAACGGGACCCCUGUAUGCAUCCUCCAACCCCGAGUACAUCAGCGCCAGUGAUGUUUACGUCCCUGACGAGUGGGAGGUUCCACGGGACAAGAUCACUCUGCUCCGAGAGCUGGGCCAGGGCUCCUUUGGAAUGGUGUACGAGGGGAUUGCCAAGGACAUUGUGAAGGGAGAGCCCGAGACCCGCGUGGCGGUGAAGACGGUGAACGAGUCGGCGAGUCUGCGCGAGCGCAUCGAGUUCCUCAACGAGGCCUCUGUGAUGAAAGGCUUCAGCUGCCAUCAUGUGGUUCGCCUCCUCGGGGUGGUCUCAAAGGGACAGCCCACUCUGGUGGUCAUGGAGCUGAUGGCACAUGGGGACCUGAAAAGUUACCUCCGCUCUCUGAGACCUGAAGCUGAGAACAACCCUGGGCGUCCACCCCCGACGCUGAGGGAGAUGAUCCAGAUGGCUGCAGAGAUUGCAGAUGGCAUGGCCUACCUGAAUGCCAAGAAGUUUGUCCACAGGGAUCUGGCAGCUCGGAACUGCAUGGUCGCAGAGGACUUCACGGUGAAAAUCGGAGACUUUGGGAUGACCAGAGACAUCUACGAGACGGAUUAUUACCGCAAGGGAGGGAAAGGGCUGCUCCCCGUGCGCUGGAUGGCCCCCGAGUCGCUCAAGGAUGGGGUGUUCACCACCUAUUCCGACGUGUGGUCGUUUGGGGUGGUCCUUUGGGAAAUCAGCAGUUUGGCAGAGCAGCCCUACCAGGGACUCUCCAACGAACAGGUGCUAAAGUUUGUCAUGGAUGGAGGAUACCUGGAUCAGCCGGACAACUGCCCGGAGAGGCUGCACAGCCUGAUGCAGAUGUGCUGGCAGUACAACCCGAAAAUGCGGCCCACCUUCAUCGAGAUCAUCGAGAUGCUGAAGGAGGACUUGCACCCCAGCUUCCACGAGGUCUCCUUCUUCUACAGCGAGGAGAACAAACCCCUGGAGACCGAGGAGUACGAGAUGGACUUCGAGAACAUGGAGAGCAUUCCCCUCGACCCCUCCUCGUACUCCCAGAGGGACAAAACGCUGGGGAGGGACAAUGGACCCUCUAUGGCCCUCAAGGGGAACUAUGAGGAGCACAUACCUUACACUCACAUGAAUGGUGGCAAGAAAAACGGGCGGAUUCUCUCCAUGCCCAGGUCAAGUCCUUCCUAACACUUCCUGUUUGGCCCCAGGGUUGUGUCUGCUUCCCCCUCCCCCCUCUUCCCCUCCACAAAUCUCAGGACUCUUGUUAUUGCUGCCACAGUGUAUGACACACAUCUACGAACUCUUCAGAUUUUUAAUCAUCUUACGAUUAAUUUUUUUUUUUUUUUGCCAAGUUGACUGGUUGUCAGUGGACUUAUCUGUGAACACAAACGGGAGAGGUUUCCAUGGCUGCUGUCUCUUC